GGGACGCGUCCCGGCGGCCCCCGCGCGCCCGGCACUUCCGGCGCGGAGCGGAAGUGCCGGCGGCAGCGGCGGCGAGGGCGGAAGGGGCGCCGGGCGGCUGUGGUGGGGGCCCGGGGGCCGCGCGGAGGAGGCCGGCCCGGGCGGACGCGGCGGAGGGCGCCCCCGGCGCCGCGCGGCCCGCGGCAUGGACGAGGCGGCCCUGCAGACGUACCGCGCGCAGCUGCAGCAGGUGGAGCGCGCCCUGGGCGCCGGCCGGGACUCGCCCGAGGAGGCCGACCUGCGCCAGCUGCAGCGGGACCUGCGGGAGCUCAUCGAGCUCACCGAGGCCGGCCUGGCGUCCGACGGGCCCGGCGCCCCGCCUGAGCCCCCGGCCCCGGCCGCCGCUGCGGGCCCCGCGCCCGCGCCCGCGCCCGCCGAGGAGCUGAGCGGGACCAAGGUGAACGCCCCCUUCUACAGCGCCUGGGGCUCGGCCGAGUACCACAACGCCAUGGUGGUGGGCACGGAGGAGGCGCGCGGCGGCGCGGCGCGCGUGCGCGUGCUCUGCCUGUGCCCCACGCGCGCGGCGCUCAAGCCCUGCCCGUUCUUCCUGGAGGGCAGGUGCCGCUUCACGGAGCGCUGCAGGUUCUCCCACGGGCAGGUGGUCCCUGUCGAUGAGCUGCGUCCCUUCCAGGACCCGGACCUGAGCUCCCUGCAGGUCGGCUCUGCGUGUCUGGCCAAGCACCAGGACGGCCUCUGGCACCCAGCGCGGAUCACUGAUGUGGACAGUGGCUACUACACAGUCAAGUUCGACUCCCUGCUGCUGAAGGAAGCGGUGGUGGAAGGCGACGGCGUCCUGCCCCCACUGCGCACGGAAGCCACCGAGUCCUCCGACUCGGAGAGCAGCGACACAGACGGCGCCAGCUAUGCCCGCGUGGUGGAGCCGAGCGCCGUGGACACUGGGACCUGCAGCUCUGCCUUUGCUGGCUGGGAGGCGCACACGCGGGCCAUCGGCUCCAGACUCCUGGCUAAGAUGGGCUAUGAGUUUGGCAAGGGCCUGGGCCGCAACCUGGAAGGCAGGGUGGAGCCCGUGCAGGCGGUGGUGCUGCCGCGGGGGAAGUCGCUGGACCAGUGUGCGGAGAUCCUGCAGAAGAGGGCGCAGGGGGAUGGGGCAGGCGCCAGCAGGGCCCCGCGGAGCCGGGGGCGCGGGGGCGGGCCCGGGGGUGCCCCGCCCCCUCGGAGCCUGUUUGACUUCCUGAAUGAGAAGCUUCAAGGCCAGGCCCCUGGGGCUCCGGAGGCCGAGGUGGCCCCGUCCAGGAGGGGCAAGGACAUGUACCACGCCAGCAAGAGCGCCAAGCAGGCCCUGAGCCUGCGGCUCCUCCAGACGGAAGAGAAGAUCGAGCGGACACAGCGGGACAUCCGGGCCAUCCAGGAGGCCCUGGCCCGGAACACCGGCCGGUACAGCGUGGCCGCCGCCCAGCUGGAAGAGAAACUGGCAGGAGCCCAGCGGCGGCUGGGGCAGCUCCGCGCCCAGGAGGCCGGCCUGCAGCGGGCGCAGAGCAAGGCAGACACCCACAAGAAGAUGACGGAGUUCUAGAGGCCCCACCCCCGGGGCUGGAGGCCCAGGACCCCGCCCCCGGGGCCGCCCUGACCCCAGGACACUGCCUGAAGAAGGACUCUGCUCCCAGGCUGCCCCGUGGUGGGCUCCCUGGCCUCGGGGACACAGACGCUGUCCAGUGGAGGUGGGGCUGGAGGGUCACUUCCGGACACCUGCCGUGUGCUGGGCCUCUCCUUAGGACAUUAAAGUCACUUCAUCAGUG